ACAAGACAGCCCCAGCUACCUUCAAGGCCUUGUUCCCUGACCGAGGGUUUAGUGGCAAGGACGUCACAGAAAGCAGAGACAUCACAAGAGCCAGCAGUCCCAGGUCUCCACCGCCCUCUCAACCCCAACCAAAGAGAGCACUGGAGGCGGAGGAACACAAGCCACCAGUCAGCUCCACGCCUCCACGCCUCCACGCCAGCGUUCCAGUCAGCAUGGGGGUGACAGGUGGCGGGUUUCCAUGCUGCAGCAAGAAUUCGGUGGACAUCAAGGAGACACAAGUUACAGAUAACCAACACCAGUUCCAACAAACAGAUGAAGACUUUGACGCAGAGAAAGAAUGGCUGGCACUGGAGCCUAUGUCAUAUAAUGAAAUGGACCUAGAGCUAGAAGUGGAGUCGCAAUCAGCGGACACAGUGCUGGAGGAAGUGGAGGAGCCUGCACCACCAGCCCAGGAGGAGUCCCAGAAGCAAGAGCCUGAGAAAUGGGAGUUAAAGGCAGAGUUCCUCCAGCCCUUCACAGAGGAGCUAGCACAGGACGCCAGCUGUUGGAGUACAAGAUCAAACUGCAGCUUCCUCAGCACCGGGGAAGAGGAACCAAUGUCAGCCAAUCACCGUUCCAUCUCUAUACAGACCUCCAGGCACCUCUUCUGGGCAGACAAGCUCCUCCAGGCCUCUGAACACAGCCUGGACCGUGUCCUCUUGCAGUUCAACAACAAAAGCAAAGAUAAGACUCUGGUCCCCAAGAACAAUCUGUGUCUCAUAAGCCCUACCACCCAGUCGGCUCACACAGACACACAGUCUCAGAAGUCACCACCUUACUGCCUGCCCCCCAGUCAGCCAUCCACUAUUAGCUUAGCAGAGCUGAUCAAUUUUGCCUCUUCCCUGGCUAUGGCUUCCUCCAACAACAUGGACCUGCCCAGUUUGGAGAACAUGUUCAAAAUGUCCAUCCAGAAAGUCAUAAAACCUUCAGCAGGGCCCACAGUGAAUCAUGUCCCCCAGCCUUCUGUGGACCAACCCAAGCAGGAAAAGCCUUCAAGAGAGGCCCCCAAAGAGCCGCCAAAGAAGUCCCCUGAAGAGUUAACAGAGAAACCACUAAACAAGACACUAGAGAGUGGGGAGUUUCAGAAAACUUGGCAGGAAGGGAACAAGAACUUCCUUUACCCUUACCUUGACUUCAGCAAGCCAGGGAUGAAGGCCACAAUCAAAGGUGAAAUGAAGCUUCUUCAGCCACUGGACUUGUCCCCUCCACCGCAAGAAGUCAAGGACAAGCAGCGGAGAGAGGAAGACCGAGGGACCCCUGUCGGCACUGAGAGCAUCCAGGUGACAGGUUGGGGAAGGGUCCACCACUACUUUUAAGCCCUGGAAUCUUCUGGAAGGAGACUGUGGGUCAGGCUGUUUAUGGGGGAUCCUGGGAGGAGGUGAAACUAUAUACCUGUAGGC